GAUGUCCUCAGUAUUUGAACAACACCGACGACUUGCGGUUCUAAAAUUACGACAAUCUUGACGAAUUGCGGCAGUUGUUAAGGUUCCCGAGGACCUACAAAUGUCAAGACUUUGGCGGAUCUUAAUUCCUUUGGGACACUCUGUUAGGAGUAACUUUGCAGGUGUUCAGGCCAGGUGGGCAUCAUCUUCUUCAUUUCACUCGGAGCCGACACUCGUCGCUCAAGCCGACAUGAGGGUUCGGCUGCUCCCUGCCCUGCAGGAUAAUUACAUGUACCUACUGGUGGACGAAACCACCAAGGAGGCCGCCAUUGUGGAUCCCGUGGAACCUGAUAAGGUAGUUGCUGCAGUGAAAGAAGAAGACGUGAAGUUGACUACGGUGCUCACCACUCACCACCACUGGGACCACUCAGGAGGCAAUGAGCAGCUGGCUAAGAUGGUGUCCGGGCUGACCGUGUGCGGAGGUGACGACAGAAUCGGCGCCCUCAACAAGAAGGUCGGACAUGGGGACCAAUUCAAGGUUGGUGCCUUGAAUGUGAAGUGCCUGUUCACACCCUGUCACACCUCAGGGCACAUCUGUUACUAUGUGACUGGGGAGGAGGGAGAGGACCCUGCAGUCUUCACUGGUGACACCCUGUUUGUAGCUGGCUGCGGCAGGUUUUUUGAAGGCACCCCAGACAACAUGUACAAAGCACUGGUGGAGAUCCUAGGCAUCCUGCCUCAACAAACAAAAGUGUACUGUGGCCAUGAGUACACUGUCAAUAACCUGAAGUAUGCCGAGAGGGUGGAGCCAGACAACCCGGCUGUACAAGACAAGCUGGCCUGGGCAAAGAGUAAGAGAGACAAGAAUCAAGCCACUGUUCCAUCAACCAUUGGGGAUGAGCUCAAGUUUAACCCUUUUAUGAGGGUAAAAGAGUCUCCAGUCCAACAGCAUGCUGGGACAUCCGACCCCGUCGCUACCAUGGGAUUCAUCCGUAACGAAAAGGACAACUUUAAAAUAGGGGGAAGGUGAAAUGAAGUCAGGCUUACUAGUAGGUUAGGGACGUGUACCGUAGUAUUUCUUGACAGAAUCCUUAAAGUAUGAUAAACAGCAUCUUGUGUUUGAAAAGAAUAACUUGGAAGGAAACUACCAAUUUGAAAGAAAUUUAUCUUUAGAAGCAACAUUAGUAU